AUGCGGCUAGCUACUAUUAUCAUUUUUGCUUUGUUGCACAUGAUUGUUAAAAGUGCCAGACGACCUGUCAAGAAGGCUUUGGACCACGAAGCAUUCGACAGGCUGAUCUCAUGUUUGAAGGCAACAGGGGAGCAAUGGUGGGUGUCGAUUGAUGACGGAGUAGUGGUACUGCAAAACGAAAGCAACAACAUGAAUUUAACGAGUACUGCAGCGGAAGAUUGCAUAGGAGAGGCCGUCGAACACCUGAACAUUCGCUUCGAGGACAAUGAUGUGUACACAAACACAGUAUCUGCAGAAGAUGCGAACGCUGCUUGGGCGGAAAGCCAAGGCGCUGAUGGACUCGUCUACGUCAAUUACGAGGACAGCCGGAUGCUCGCCAAAAGGCAAAUCGACCGAACCGACUACUAUGGUAUUGGAUGUGAUGACGAUGGCCGUCGUUGUGUGCACAGCAACUUCAACCUUUGCUACAAAGGUGAAUGCCGGAUGCAGGGCGCAGGGUGUGCAAGCGUCUAA